GUGCCUGGCCAGCCCCAGACGCCUGUUUCCAGGAUGUGAAUAUGGCUGGCAACACCUACGGCAACUGCGGCAAAGACAGCCAGGGACGCUACGUGAAAUGCGACAAGAGGGAUGCGAUGUGUGGCAAGAUCCAGUGCCAGAGUUCUGCUAAGAAGCCCCAGGGGACCAACACCGUCUCCAUCGACACCACCAUCCGCUUCAAUGGGCGGGAGGUGAAGUGCAGGGGCACCUACAUGUACACUGCGAAGGACGACGAGGAAGACCUCUCUGACCCCGGGCUGGUGAUGACAGGGACGAAAUGUGGAGAUGGGAUGGUUUGCAAAGAUCGCCGGUGCCAGAAUGCCUCCCUUUUUGAGCUGGAAAAGUGCGUUUCCCGGUGCAACGGCCAUGGGGUCUGCAACAGCAACAAGAACUGCCACUGCGAUGCUGGCUGGGCUCCCCCCUACUGUGAGAAGCCGGGCUUGGGCGGCAGCGUGGACAGUGGCCCCGUGCAGCGCGACAAUCACGUAACCAUCUUAAUAUCCCUCCUGCUCAUCUUCCUGCUCUUCCUCCCGGUCCUGAUGAUGAGCAUCUACUAUUGGUACCGGCAGGAGAACUCGAUCCUGAAUAAAUGGAUAAAGGAGAUGAGGAGGAGGAGCCAGGAGACAUACAGGAGCAAAACCAUCAGUCGAAAGUCAACCGGUGGCCAUCCCAAAGCUGCUUUCGUCUUGCGCAAUGUUUCCACCUCCAGCCCCACUACUAAAGCCACACGGGCUGGAAUCCCCCGCAAACCCAGCACUCACCAGCCCGGCUCCCAGCCCAUCAACGUUGUCCACCCUCUUCGCCCGGCUCCUCACUCCAUCCCUCCGCGACCAAGAGAACCCAAACCUGCCAGGCCACCUCCACCAGUCACCAAAUCGCCCAUGGUCCCCACCAAGACUGUUGUCUCCCAAGCUAAGCUGCCUCCUCCAAAGAGACCUCUUCCCUGCAGCCCUGUGAGGACGCCGCUGGUCACCUCAAAGCACCAGCCCCCACGUCGACCGCUGCCUGGAAGUCCUCUUCUGGCCAAAGAGCUGCCUUCUGCACAUGGACAGACCCUGCUGGUCAUGGUCCCUCCUACCAACUUCAAGGCAUCGGGGACAAGUGCCAUGAGCCACCCCACAAGGCCAUUAAAACCGAUGCCACCUCAAAGGCCAGUCCCAGCCAUCAAAGUCCAAUCAACCUCCUUCCUCUUGAAGAAGUGA